AUGUCUUUGGUUGAUGAACCUGAAGAUGAUGUUCCUGCUGUGAAUGUUGAAAAGGAACAAGAGAUGGCUGGUGGUGAAGACAUAAUAAUUGAUGCAGAUUUGUUUACAACAGACACAGAUUUUGUUGAAAAUGUUGUGCAGACUGUCACUUCUGAUAUUCAGAAAGAGAAAAAGAAGGUGAUCGAUGGUAUUGAAGGUGAUGACGUUGAUAAAGAUACAACUAGUUCUUCAAGUUCCUCAGAAGAUGAAGUUGUAGAUGAGUUUGAACGUCAAAGAAGGAUAAAUGAGGAGAUUGAGAAUGAAAGGUUACUCAGAAAAAGGAAGAGGCAAGAAGCAGAUGAUGAUGCUCCUUAUGUUCCUUCACCAGAGCAUGUCGCAGAAUCUCAGUCAACUCCAAAAGUUAGAAGAAAAGCUGGUGGUCGAAAGAAAGCAACACCAAAGAUCAGAGUUUCGAAGAAACCUCAGAGAAUUGUACAAAAGAAGCAAUCGGAAAAAGAUAGUCAAAAAUCUCCAACACCUCCACAUGAAACAGCACCACCACAAUCACCUAUACACCAAUCCCCACAAAAACAACCUACUCCUCCUCAACAAUCAUCACCACCCAGAUUUCCCACACCUCCAAAUCAACCAUUACCGAUUCCUCAAUCAACACCAACACCACAACAACCAUUUGUCACUUCACAAGAUAUCUUCGGCACACCUCCACUCACCCAAAUACAACCUGGUUCUUCUAGUAGAGGUCUUCUGACACCGCAAGAUAACCUGCUAGAUGUUGGAGAUUUCGACUUUGCAAACGCUUCUCAAGUUAGAAAGAUUGAAAGAAAAGCUGAAGAAGUUGUUGCAGAAAACAAAAGGUUGGCAGCUGAGAACAAGAAGGUAACUGAUAGAGAAAAACUUCUUGCAGUUCGUGUGCAGAAGUUAGAGAGUGAAAAUAAAGAAUUGGCAAAGAAAGUUGAUGCUGAUCAGACUGAAAUCGAUAUUCUAAAAGUUCGCGUGUCUGAGCUUGAAAAAGAGAAGAAUCGACGUGAUGGUCAGAACGAAUAG